UUUGGCAUUAAUGAUUUGAAGCAUUUUUACAGGAAGGCAUAUUUUCCGACAAAGAAAAAUAUACGAUCAGAGUCGAAAGGGACAACUAUGCCUGACAACCCAAUAUUUCAUUCACCCAUGAUACUGGUAUCAACUGUUGAUGGCGAAAUGACACACGACCAGUCAACCUUAGACAAACUGGGAGAAAUAGAGAAACCACUGAAUAUAGUUUCUGUAGUUGGAACACUGAGAACUGGAAAGUCCUUCAUCUUAAAUAAACUUGCAAGACACGACCCAGCCAGUGAUAAAUCUUGGUUUGAGACUGGUCACACAACGAAAGCUGUGACAAAAGGUAUCUGGGUAAUGUGUCGGCCACACCCUACACAGGAAGACCAAGUUCUUGUUUUACUAGAUACAGAAGGAAUUGAUGAUCCUGAUAAGGUCAAUAUAGAAGACGACAAAAACCUGUUUAUAUUUGCCACGCUUUUAUCCAGCACAAUGGUUUACAAUACAAGAGGGAACUUUAAUAAAACUGCAACUGAUGAAUUUAAAUUUUUAAACAAGAUUAAAACAUCAAUAAAAGUAAGCGGUUCAGAAGAAGACGAUUCUAUCCUUGAUUUCUUUUUCCCGAACUUUGUUCUCACAUCAAGGGAUUUUUCUGUUGAAACUAUCAAGGACGAUGAUACCUUUCUUGAAAAUAAUAUAGAGCUGAAACAACACAAAAAGGUGAAAAAAGUGUUUUGUUCUCUAUUACGGAACUAUAUCAGUUCCAUACGAGCUGGAGAGUCUAUAUGUUUGACAAGCGCAACGAUAUCAAUGGCAGCAGAGGAAAAUAAACAUGUUGUUCAGAAAGCUUCGGAAAUAUAUGAAGCUGAAAUGCAAAAACGCCUACAUUCCUAUUCACAGAGCGAGAAAGGUCUUGUUAACUACCACAAGGAUAGUAUGCAAGUAGCUCAAGAAGUUUUGAAGUCUGGACUAAUUAUUGACGAUGAACAAAUCUAUGAAAAACAGGCAAUGUUUGACAAAUUCAAGAAUAUUGUCAAGAAAGAUUUAGAAGCAAAAUGCUUGGUUAUACUGGAAAGACUUGAUACCACGAAAAUACAAGUGAAGAUAAAGAAUCGCAAAUACUGUACCCCAACAGGCUUUGAUGAUUACGUGAAAGAUAUAGACUUGUUGAUCCAGCAGUUCAAUAGAGAAGCAGGUUACAUGGGAUCCGCCAGAAUGGUUCUCCAAGAGUUUCUCGAUAAAAAAGUAGAAGAAGAGGAAACUGUGUACAAAAUGUUCCUAGAGGCACAAGGUGGACAAGUUGCAGAAGGGCCAGAAAAGCGAAAGAUCAAACGCUUGAGUUUGUUGAAAGAAGAAGACACUAACCUUUUAAAUGAGGCAGAAGAAGUUGAAGAAUUAAUUAGAGCUGAUAUUGAAAUGUUACAAGUCAAUGGCCUACAGAACAUCUGA